CAAACUGAUGACAUGUCUCGCUAUCGGUCAUUUUCGAACGGAACGCAGUCCCGUCAAAAAUGGCCUCUAUGUUCAGUGUUUUGCUGCGAAAAUCCGCAAAUUUGGGCCAAACAGCGGCCUUAACAAAGAACUUACCAGCGCUUUAUAAUGUGAACAGCCAACGUAACGCACACAGAUGGAUGCCAGAUGCGGAGUAUGUGAAGCAGUUUGAUGGGGCUGUCAUGUACCCUGAUGAGGUCACCUCACUGCUGAAACAUCCACCUUACCAUGGUUUGGUGCCCCCCGGAGAGAAACAAGUCAGGAACAUGGUGCUGAACUUCGGACCCCAGCAUCCAGCUGCUCACGGAGUGCUGCGGCUCGUGCUUGAGCUGGACGGAGAGACGGUACGCGCAGCAGACCCUCACAUUGGCCUCCUACACCGUGGCACUGAGAAGUUGAUAGAAUACAAGACUUACACCCAGGCGUUGCCUUACUUCGACCGACUGGACUAUGUCUCCAUGAUGUGCAACGAACAAUGCUACAGUUUGGCAGUCGAGAAGCUCCUCAACAUUGACAUACCGUUGAGAGCCAAGUACAUCAGAACACUCUUUGCUGAGAUAACUCGUAUCUUAAAUCACAUCAUGGCCGUCGGAACUCACGCUCUUGACGUGGGUGCCCUCACUCCAUUCUUCUGGCUGUUCGAGGAGAGAGAGAAGAUGAUGGAGUUCUAUGAAAGAGUUUCUGGAGCCAGGAUGCACGCUGCAUACAUCAGACCUGGUGGUGUUUCUCUUGACAUGCCCCUAGGUCUCAUGGAUGACAUCUACGAGUUUUCAUCCAAGUUCGCUGAGCGUCUGGAUGAGGUCGAAGAUGUACUGACCACCAACAGGAUCUGGGUGCAGAGGACUAAGGAUAUCGGCGUCGUCACCGCUCAGGAUGCUUUGAAUUACGGCUUCAGCGGUGUGAUGCUUCGUGGCUCUGGCAUAAAAUGGGAUCUCCGUAAGUCGCAACCUUACGACGCUUACCAUCUUGUGGACUUCGACGUACCUAUCGGUACUAACGGGGACUGCUAUGACAGAUACCUCUGCCGCGUUGAAGAGAUGCGUCAGUCUCUUCGCAUCAUCGACCAGUGCCUAAACCAAAUGCCGGCCGGAGAGAUCAAGACAGACGAUGCCAAACUCACGCCACCUUCGCGUGAGGAGAUGAAGACUUCAAUGGAAGCCCUCAUCCACCACUUCAAGCUGUUCACACAAGGGUACCAGGUGCCUCCUGGAUCCACCUACACCGCUGUAGAGGCUCCUAAGGGAGAAUUCGGAAUCUAUCUCGUUUCUGAUGGUGGAUCUAAGCCAUACAGAUGCAAGAUAAAGGCGCCCGGCUUCGCGCACUUGGCUGCCCUCGAAAAAGUUGGCAAAAAUUCCAUGUUGGCAGACAUCGUCGCUAUCAUAGGCACCCUCGACGUCGUGUUCGGAGAAAUUGACCGAUAAAACCGACUUUUAGCAAAAAAAUACCCGGUUUUAGUUCGAAAAUACCGAGUUUCGUUAAUUUACCGAAUUUAAAUAUGAUUUGGUGAUAUGCUCCUUAUUAUAAAGUUUAAGAGUUUGUUUGUUUUAAGCGCUAAUCUCCGAAACUACUGGUGCGAAUUUAACCAAAUAUUUUUCAGUUA